GAAAGGUGUCAUGGCCAUGGAGAAAUGUAGUGAGAAAUUAGUUGACUAGUGGGGUUGUAUUGUAUUAGUGCAAAAAUUGGUAGUAUAGAUAUUCUGAUGUAGUGAACUCAGUGAUUAUGAGAACUAUCAUUUCAGAAAUAGAACAAAAAUAUUUAGUUUGCUGUUUAUUUUUCUGAAAUAAUAUUUUUCAAAAGCAUAUGCACGUUAAAUUUUAUAAAUAUUUACAGUUUUUAGUUUUGCAUUAGUGUUUUUUUAUAACUUUAUCUUUUGAAGAAUGAAUUCAACGUCACAUAUCAGUGCUUUUCAAGUGAGAGUAUAAGUUCGUUGUGUAAUCGUGUGUUAUUUUUAAAUCGACAAAAGCUAUUUUUAUGUGAUUGGAAGUUACCUCUUGAUGUGACGAAAUAUAUACCAGUAUUUAAAUAUCUGUUUGAUAUUGUCUUACCAUGACCAUACACAAUUUGUACAUAUUUAAUCGGAAUGGUAUUCUUUUAUAUUACUGUGAAUGGAAUCGUCUCAAACAAUCUGGAAUAACAAAAGAAGAGGAAGCAAAACUGAUGUAUGGUAUGCUGUUCUCUAUAAAAUCUUUUGUUACCAAGAUUUCUCCUCUUGACACAAACAAAGGAUUUUUAUGUUAUAAAACGAGUAAAUAUGCUCUACAUUACUUUGAAACUCCCACUGGUUUGAAAUUUGUUCUCAAUACAGACACCGGUGCACAAAAUAUCCGUGACUUUCUUCAGCAAAUAUAUAUUCAAGUUUAUGUGGAAUAUAUAGUGAAGAACCCAGUCAUUGAUUUACAGGAGCCAAUAACAAGUGAUCUAUUCAAGCAGAAAUUAGAUGCUUUCGUGAAGCAAUCACCUUCUUUUACUAGCAGUAAAGUAACUUCUUAUUAA